AUGCGCAAAUCCGCCGCUUUCUUCGCUCUGCUCCUGGCAGCGAGCACCGUAGCAGCGCCGACGCGAUUCACUCCUCGUGCUAACUUGGGAUGUGCUGCCCAGGAUGAUGAAGGAGGCACGCUCACGAAGACGGGGCAGGAUGGGGAGGACGUAACAUGCCAAUACACCAAGGCGGGCGAAUGCUCCUACUUUGGCGAGAACGGGACAUUUAGCUCGGGCGCGAGCACCUGCCCGAACGCGAUGGUGGAUGCAGGAAGCAGCGGUGCAGCCCAGACGACCCAGGCGCCUCCCCCGCCCCCCAAGACGACCCAGGCGCCGCCUCCACCAGCCGCCACGAAGGCCAGCACGAGCUCAGGAUCGGGGUCGGGAUCGAACGGAUUCGCCUGCGCGCCUCAGGACGAUGAAGGCGGUCAGCUCACGAGCCAGAGCGACGGCGGGGAGGAGGAGAUCACCUGCGAGUACUCCAAGGCUGGCGAGUGCGUGUUCUUCGGCGGGAACGGGACGUUCAGCUCGGGCGCCAGCACUUGCCCGAAUGCCAUGGUCCCUGCUGGGAGCUCUGGCACGACCACCACGUCGACCCCCCCACCUCCCCCUGCUACCACGAGCACGCCCCCGCCGCCUCCCAAGACGACCAGCACCCCCCCACCGCCUCCCACCACGAGCUCUACGAGCACAACCAGCAGCAGCUCCAUCGCUGUCGUCACCGUCACUUCGACUUCGACGUCCAGCUCCAGCUCAUCGAGCUCUGUCGAUCCUACGACGCUCAGCGUGCCGCCGCCUACAACAUCAGAGGCACCCGUUGAGCCGACCACAUCGAUUGCAACAGGAGUCAGCGUCGGUGGCACGAGCAGCGCCGCUGCGCCGGCAUCCACGACCGACUCUACGACCUCCGGCGCACUCGCGUCGACGCUCGGCAGGAUGUCGAGCACCGGCGUCAUCGGUGCCGUUGUCCUCGCCUCCUGGCUCUUGCUCUAG